UGCUUUGUCGGGCGGGCGGGUUCGUUUGCCAUGCGAGCGAGCGAGCGAUGAGAAGUUGAAGGAGGAAGAAGCUGCUGGCUCUGUCAUCCAUUCAAAGAGUGAGCAAGAACAGAGCACACCUUCAGCUCUCUCUCUCUCUCUCCCCCCUUCAUUUCAUUGCUCAAGAGGCUGAGAGAUAAGGGAGAGAGCUGUGGAACUGAACGGCCAUGGCAGCUUCUACAUUCUCAGCGAAAUGCACAGAGCCCAGGUGGGUCGCUCAGUCUCGUCCCAAGAGCUCUGCACGCUCACCCUACGAUGGCAGAACCUCUAAGCUCGCGUUUCUGAGGGCCCCGCGUUUGGGAUGUUCGGCGAGGAGGAGCAGGAACCUGUGUGUCAUCACCAAUGUUGCCAGCAACCAGAAGCAAGAUCUGAAAGAACCCUUCAACCAAGAAGAUGAUGCUCCUGAUGUGUUCAUUCCUGACCCCGUGUCAAUUGCCUCGAGCAUCAAGUACCACGCCGAGUUCACCCCUUCUUUCUCUCCAGAGAAGUUUGAGCUGCCAAAGGCAUAUUACGCGACAGCUGAAAGCGUCCGUGACGCUCUCAUUAUAAAGUGGAAUGCCACUUAUGACUUUCACGAGAAGAUGGAUGUAAAGCAGGCUUACUAUCUAUCCAUGGAGUAUCUACAGGGGAGGGCGCUGCUAAAUGCGAUCGGUAAUUUAGAGCUUACGGGCGCAUAUGCAGAGGCUCUGAAGAAGUUGGGACACAACUUAGAGGAUGUGGCUAGUCAGGAAUCAGAUGCUGCACUGGGAAAUGGGGGAUUAGGCCGACUGGCUUCUUGCUUCUUGGACUCCCUCGCGACACUUAACUACCCGGCUUGGGGAUAUGGGCUCCGAUACAAGUACGGUUUGUUCAAACAGCGGAUCACAGAGGAUGGGCAGGAGGAGGUUGCAGAGAACUGGCUCGAGAUGGGAAAUCCAUGGGAAAUAGUGAGGAAUGAUGUCUCUUAUCCGGUGAAGUUCUUCGGCGAGGUUGUCACAGGGCCUGACGGUAGAAAACAAUGGAUCGGGGGUGAAGAUAUAAUGGCCGUUGCAUAUGACGUCCCAAUUCCAGGAUAUAAGACUAAGACCACGAUAAACCUGAGAUUGUGGUCCACAAAAGUUGCAGCAGAAGAAUUCGAUCUGCGUGCCUUCAAUGCUGGAGAUCACACCAAAGCAUCUUCAGCUUUAAAGAAUGCCGAGAAGAUUUGCUACAUUUUAUACCCCGGGGAUGAAUCAGUUGAGGGAAAGACUCUCCGACUGAAGCAACAGUACACACUGUGUUCUGCUUCCCUCCAAGAUAUCAUUGCACGAUUUGAAAGGAGAUCCGGCGAUCAAGUGGGCUGGGAGAAGUUGCCUGAGAAGGUUGCUGUGCAGAUGAAUGACACUCACCCAACAUUAUGCAUCCCCGAGCUGAUACGAAUACUAGUUGAUGUGAAGAAUCUGAGCUGGGAGGAAGCUUGGAAGAUCACACAAAGAACUGUUGCAUACACAAACCAUACAGUGCUGCCUGAGGCGCUUGAGAAAUGGAGCCUGGAUCUUAUUCAAGAGUUGCUUCCUCGACAUGUGGAGAUCAUAAAAAUGAUAGAUGAGGAGCUGAUUCACACGAUUAUUGCGGAAUACGGUGUAGAGGAUCUUGGCUUGUUGAAACAGAAGUUGAAGGAAAUGAGGAUAUGUGACAACGUUGAAUUGCCAGCUUCGGUUUUGGAGUUAGUGGUAAAAGAGGAAGACACCAGUCCUGACGAGGAAGUUAUCGUUGCUCUAGAAGAAGAAGAAGAAGAGGAGGAGGAUCAAGAAGAGGGAGAAGAAGAAGAGGAGGAGGAGGAUCAAGAAGAGGGAGAAGAAGAAGGAGAAGGAGAAGGAGAAGAUAAACCGACUGAUGAAGAAAAUGAUCAGGUUAUAGAGGCAGUUACCGCGAUAGACAAGGUCUCAUUUGAUCCCGACCCGAAACAACCAAAGCUUGUUAGAAUGGCCAAUUUAUGUGUCGCUGGAGGGUUCGCAGUAAAUGGGGUCGCGGAGAUACACAGUGAGAUCGUAAAGGAGGAAGUCUUUAAUGAAUUUUACAAGCUAUGGCCUGAGAAGUUCCAAAACAAAACGAAUGGUGUGACACCACGAAGAUGGAUCAGGUUUUGCAAUCCUGAUCUCAGCAAAAUCUUGACCAAGUGGAUCGGGACAGAUGACUGGACCAUUAACAUGGAGAAAUUGAGCCUGCUUCGAAAGUUUGCUUAUAAUGACGAUCUCCAAUUGGAAUGGAGGGAAGCAAAGAGAAAGAACAAAAUGAAAGUCGCGGCCUUUCUGAAGGAAAAGACUGGCUACAGCGUCAUUCCUGAUGCCAUGUUCGAUGUCCAGAUUAAGCGCAUUCAUGAGUACAAGCGGCAGUUGCUGAACAUAUUGGGGAUUGUAUACCGCUACAAGAAAAUGAAAGAAAUGAGUCCCGAGGAGAGGCAAAGGAGCUUUGUCCCUCGGGUCUGUAUAUUUGGAGGAAAAGCAUUUGCCACGUAUGUCCAAGCGAAGAGAAUUGUGAAGUUCAUCACGGAUGUUGGGGCCACCGUGAACAAUGAUUCCGAAAUUGGCGAUCUUCUGAAGGUUGUCUUUGUCCCUGAUUACAAUGUCAGUGUUGCAGAAUUUCUUAUUCCCGGAAGUGAACUGUCGCAGCACAUCAGUACUGCUGGGAUGGAGGCAAGUGGAACCAGCAAUAUGAAGUUUGCGAUGAAUGGGUGCCUCCUCAUUGGAACCUUGGAUGGUGCAAACGUCGAGAUAAGAGAAGAGGUUGGGGAAGAUAACUUUUUCCUCUUUGGUGCGAAAGCCCAUGAAGUUGCCGGUCUAAGGAAGGAGCGGGCUGAAGGAAAGUUUGUGGCAGAUCCGAGGUUUGAGGAAGUGAAAGCUUUUGUGCGGAGUGGUGUUUUCGGUCCUUACAACUAUGAGGAAUUGAUGGGGUCCUUGGAAGGGAAUGAGGGGUACGGUCGUGCUGACUAUUUUCUCGUAGGCAAAGAUUUCCCGGGUUACCUUGAGUGCCAAGAAAAGGUCGAUGAGGCAUACAGAGACCAGAAAAGAUGGACGACAAUGUCGAUACUGAACACGGCAGGCUCAUAUAAGUUCAGCAGUGACCGAACGAUUCACGAGUAUGCAAGAGACAUAUGGGGAAUUGAGCCCGUGUUACUUCCAUAAAGGGUACUGAUCCAGGAGACAGAGGAAGGGAAAAACAACUAAAUGUGUACCAAGUUGUAACUUAAUGUAAUUCAGUUGAUCCACUGACAAUGUCACCUACUAGAGUGCGAUCAGUUGCUACAUAAUGAUGGAUCUGAUUCGUACAACAUGGCAGGCCAUAAAAGAGGUAUUCAAGUUAUGCGUGUAAGGCGCGAGUUUACGUUGGGAAAGGUUACUCUUGGAGGAGAAAAAGUGGCGCUCGACUCUCUGAAUCAAAAGUCUAGCUUGAUUGGUAGCUUUCUCCUUCCUGAUGAAAGAUUCGAGGAAUUCCGAACUCCAAACUGAAACCAGAGUCCUGCGCCCCAGAAAAUAAUGUUCAUAUCAAUUUUAAUUUAGUUUUGUGUCUCUUGCUGAUCAUCUUUAAAUGAUCAGAGAUCGAAUAAUACAGAUUUUUCUUACAGCCGGUAGAGUUGCGGUAUGAGCAACUAUAUGCUAUAUAUUAAAACGAAGAUUUUCCA